UAAAAGUGCAACCAUGCCUGCACCGGGUGUGUGUAUGAACAUCAUCAACGCUCGCCGCAAGAAGGAUGGUUACGGGACCCCUACCAAUCCUGAAAAGUUCCUCAACCAAGACUUCAUGCAGCUGAAGCAGUACUGUCUGGCCCGGCACGUACGAUUCAUCGAUGACAUGUUCCCCCCUGAUAGAAGGUCCAUCGGAGACGGGAUCCUGAGCCCCUCUGACUUGGCCAGAGUUCAGUGGUUGAGACCAUGGGUGAGUGCGUUAAGCAGUCAAACUUGAUCCGUUUUCUUGCAUCACUGUUAUUUAUACAAUUUAUCCAUACCUUGUAAUAUUUUGCAUUUUGCUGCAACACUAUUAUCUGAGCAAAAAGCUGUAACCCGAACCCGGCCGCUCCAAACAAAACACAUUGAAUUUUUCUUGGAAGUGGGCUCAUAGUAAACUGAUACAUCCUACUGCCCCAAAGGAGGGAUUAUGCACAGAAACUCUAAGCGGUUUACUCUGUGUUUUUAUUAUAAUGAGUUUUUUCAACUCUGUGUUAGAUGACCAAAAUUUACAGUAUUUUCCCAGAGUCGUUAUCCUAGGGAAGAUCUUUUGUAACCCGUCUCCUGUGUUAGGGUCCGACCCAUUUUUGGUUUGACUUUGUCAGGAACCUCUAUUUCAACUAAAUGAAAAUACUACUACUACUACUGAUAUUAUUAUUAUUAUUAUUAUCAUUAUUAUUUUUUAAUGACAAUAAUAAUAAUAAUAAUAAUAAUAAUAAUAAUAAUAAUAAUAACAACAACAAUAAUAUUAAUAAUAAUUGUAAUAAUAAUAAUAAUAAUAAUAAUAAUAAUAAUAAUAAUAAUAAUAAUGACAACAAUAACAGCCAUAAUAACAACAACAACAAUAUAAAUAAAAAAUAUAAUAAUAAUAAUAAUAAUAAUAAUAAUAAUAAUAAUAAUAAUUAUUAUUAUUAUUAUUAUUAUUAUUAUUCCCACAGGGGGAAAUUAGAGUUGCUGUUGACCCGGUUAGAUUAUAAAGCAAUAAUCAGAGCCAAAACUUAAAUCAUAAGUUCACUAUCAGGCAACGCACUGAUAGCCAGAUCCUCUUCCAAUCAAUUCAAUUUCAACUUUAUUUAUAUGGCACUUUUCGUACAAAAGGAAAUGCAAUUCAAAGUGCCUCACAGAGGCUAAAAACAACAACAAUGACAAAAACCUUUCAACACACACACACACACACACACACACACACACACACACACACACACACACACACACACACACACACACACACACACACCCAUGGACCCACACGCACACAAAGACACACACCCAUCCUCACUCACCCACACACACACACACACACACACACACACACACACACACAAACGCACACAGUGUGAGAAUUUAAGAUAUAUUGUUAAAGAGACGUGGCCUGACAACGAGACAUUACAUGAGGAAAGAGCUACCUUUAGGAAACACUGGAGAUAAAAAUGGUGAAAAAAAGAGUAAAACCUGAUGGACUAAAACAAGAAAAUGAUCAUAUUAAAUGAACAAAUAAGUAAAAAGGGGUAAAAGAAGUAAAAACCUGUGACGGGAAAUUAGGAAAAAGACUAAGAACAGAGAUAAUCAAUAGAAUGACAUAAAAUAAACAUUAAGAACUUUGAUUAAAAUGAACAUUUGCAAUAAGAGAAAUCUAAAAUGGCAAUAAGUAAAACGCCUGGUUAAAAAAAGUGAGUCAUUGCAGGAGUGAUGGAGGGAGAUAGGGGUGUGUUGUGUUCAACUGAACCUCGAGGAAAACUCGGUUGUGAUUCAGUGAAGGAAUCUUUUGAACGAAUCUUUCCAGUGAACUGAUUUAAGUGAUUCAGUACAUCUAAAAGAACUGCCUUCCCGUCACUAGUAAGGUAUAACAGUCUCAUCUUUGUUAGACUUGAGUGUAGGGACCGUCUACAAAGUGCAAAACAGAAAAAAAAGAUGAAAUAUUCAAUGACUUCACCCACAACAGGUGCACUUCAUCGUGCUGAUUCUCAGGUACAUAAACAGAAAUGGAAAUAUUUUUAUGUCUGUCGCCUCAGGGAAGGUGUCAGAGUGAUUCACUACGUGAUGCUGAAACAGCUUGUUGUACAUUUGUACAUUCCCCUCUGGCAAAGAUUCACAAUGACUGACGCAUUCGAGUGUAAAAAAGCAGCUGAAUGAGACAAAGGCGCCAUUUACACAUGCGCUUGAAGAAAAUAACACAGAUUAGAGUCGCUGGAUUAUUCAUGGGGGUCAGUAAAAACUGAGAUUUCUUCACAGGAACUCUAAAAACUCUAAAAACUCUAGAGAACUCUUAAUGAGCUAAAACUUUGUCAAUUCCUGUUUGUUAUUCACUGUUUCAGAAACUCGUCCCCAAUCCGUCCUUCACCGUUGAUGGAGUGUCCAGGUUCGACUUUGGUCAAGGUUUAGUAGGUAAGAAAUAAGUUUUUAACAACUAUUUUACAAAUAGUUGAUAUUUGCCACCUGUUAAGACUGUGACCUGCACACAUAUGUACGAUUAUGUUAUCAAAAGCAUCAACCCUCUAGAUCAGCAGGUCAUCCACAUAAACUAAUCCAUCAUCAUUUAAUCUGCACAGCCAUUUUUAUUCGACCAUGUCUUCUUUAUUCAUGUUAAUCUGAUUUUCUAAUUCAAGUAUGACUGUUUUAUUCUUUGUCUAUUUUGACCCAGCCUUCUCUCAACACUAUGACUUUAUUCUCAGCCUCUGUCUUUAAUUUGUACUUUCUUGUAUUUCGUCUUCACUACACAACCAUCUCUGGGUUAAACAGGAGACUGCUGGUUCCUCGCAUCUAUCGGGGCGCUGACGUUCCAGCCGGCUAUUUUCGAGCGAGUUGUUCCUCUAGAGCAAAGUUUUGAGGAGGACUACUGCGGGCUCUUCCACUUUAAGGUAACCCGACCAUAGACUGUAUAUACUAUGGACAACUUGGUUCCGCCUCCCGCCCGUAUGCAGAUUUGAUGUGACGUCAUUACGCUGUAUAUACGCCUCGUUAUGUUAUCAGAGGAGCAGACACGACACCUACAGUUGUGUUUUAUGCCAGAGUGUUAAUAAUGAAACCUCCUGUACUGGCAUCAAUAAAUAAGCCAAAGUCUAAAGAGUGAAGACCGAGUCAGGUCAGAGAGUCACGAUUGGAAUAAGUGUUUACAUGGACGCGCUUCAGAAUAAUGAUCGGCAUAAACCACCCCUCUUGAUCGGAAUACAAUUUCUUUUUUCUGAUUGAGCCGAAUUGGAUCAGAAUCUUUCGACUGACGUGUUUAGCUGACACUUUUUUAUUUUGAACGGGUGUUUAUUCAGAUUAUUUGUGCCCAUGUAAAAGAAACAGUACACACAGGAUCUCGUUUUGCUGUAAAAUAUCUCUUAGUCUCCUCUCUUCUGAUGAACUUCAGUUCUGGAGGUUUGGAAGAUGGGUGGAUGUCAUCAUCGAUGACAAGCUACCAACGAUUGAUGGCAGACUCAUCUUCGUUCACUCCAAAGACCCGACUGAGUUCUGGCCCGCUCUGCUCGAGAAAGCUUACGCAAAGUACGAAACACAAAUAACACUAAAUACUUAAAGAUCCGAUCUGUCUGAUUUUUUAUUAUCCAUUGUUAAUUUUACGAUCGCUCCUGACAGAGUGUGCGGAUCCUACGACGACAUGAACGCUGGAACUCCUGCUGAGGCGAUGGUGGACUUCACUGGUGGUGUCCACGUAUGUGUCCAGCUGACGGAGCCCCCCCAAAAUCUGUGGGAUCUGAUGUGCAGAGCCGGGAAAUCAAAGUCUCUGAUGGGUUGUGGUACACCACAGGGGGUGAGUACAAAGUACAUGCACACAGUACAUGGGACUUUUUAGUUCUUAUUGUUAAGGCUGAAGUUCCUCACAGCUCUUUUUGACAGAUACCGUACAUUCAUCAUCAUCAAUUACUCCAACAUCCUUUUAAUUAACAAAGUGAUUUUAAAACUCUAUGAUCCAAAAACAUCUGAAGUUUAAAAUCUGCUUAAUUUCAUUUUGUUUUCUGUAAUUCAGCCUGAAUCGUCCCUCUAAUCCAGAGGUUAUCGAUCUCUCUCAGUCCUGGAGGUUUAAUCUGGAUUCAUUACUCGUCACAGAGAUAAUUUCUACUGUAUCUAAAUCUUGUAGGAGACACCUGAAAACACUGUGCUCCCAAAUGGACUGGUCCAAGGUCAUGCCUACAGUGUCACCGGUGUCAAACAGGUGAGGGAUCGUUUCAAAAGCUGCGUAACGCGUAUUUAAGAUAAAGUUAUGAGUUAUAUUCUCUGAUACGUGUUGGUUAGGUGAUAAGCAGACAGAAACCUGUGAACCUGGUCCGCCUGUGGAACCCUUGGGGUCAAGGAGAGUGGAAAGGAGACUGGAGUGAUCGGUAAGAGCCAGAAUUAAAUGCCGUUUCAAUAAAAACUCAGAAUUGGAUAUCAUCUAGAGAUUAUUCACUACAGCGAACUAAACCAGAACAAUUACAACAUUCAUAUGUCUUUAAUAAAAAUGAUGACACUGACCUUUUAGAAGCGUUUAGAAACAGAUAAAACAGAAAACAAAAAAGACAAAAAUCUGUUUUUUCUUUAGUUUUGCAUAUUACUGAAAACAGGACUCUACAUGUUUUACUCGAACCCCUGAAAAGACCCUUUUGUUGUCGCUCGGUCUAAACCGGUUUUGGUUUUUCUCAGUAUUGUAGGUUGUUGGCAUUUUGCCAGUAGAUAGUCUCUUACCUUUUACCCCGAAGCCACAACACUGUGCAACAAUUUGUACUUUUUAUUGAGCUCAAGCAACCUGCAACAUCUACCUGCAAAAGAUACCUUUACUUUUAUAUAUAAGAUAAUAAAGAUAGAAUGAAGAGGAAAACAACACAUGGAUAAUAAAUUUGCCCUUUUCUCUUUUCUUGGCUGAUUAUUAAAUAAUGAAGAUCCCCUCUGUGGCAAACCGUCAGUCUUGAGGAUCGUGAGCUGUGCCUCUCUGUGGCUGACGAUGGAGAGUUUUGGUAAGCAUGUUACAAUUACAUUUAAACGAUCUGUAAAACUGGACUCCAGACAUUUUUUUUUCAGUAUUCCUGUGAGAAUGGACAACAGCAGCUGAAAACCACAUUUAUAGAUUGAGCUUAAUUGUAAAGAUAGUUAUGGCUCAAAGUUUUAGUUACACCUAAAUACAAGUAAAUGGUUUUAAUCUCAACAGGAUGACCCUGGAGGACUUCAAAACGUUUUACUCUGACCUGGACAUCUGCUGCAUGUGUCCGGACUUCCUGGACAGUACCUCUUCAUGUCACUGGAAGACGUCCAUCUACGAAGGACGAUGGGUUGCAGGAACCACUGCAGGAGGAUGCAUGAAUAACCUCGGUACUUUCCACUUAGCACAAAAAAUUGUCAUGUCAUGUGCAGAGUAAUAGGUGAACAUUUAAAAUAUGCAUCCAUCCAUGUUGACAAAGGUUUCAGUCUUAAACUUUGUGAUUUUUGCGUGCCAUCGCGUGCCAUCCCUCGUCUCUGCGAAAACAAGAACAAUCAAAUCACACUGAUGUCUAUGGAGGACGAGGACGACCAUGGAUUUUUCUUUUUUUUAUGCACUGUAUCUUGUUAUAACAACUUAUUAUCUCGUUAUGUUGACUUAACAAAGAUCUGGGAACCUCCACACCGUGUCCCAAACAGCCGCUGCAGAACUGAAACUAAAACACAGAAACCUCCGAAAACGAAAUCAUGAAAAAUCUGCUGUACACCUCUUCCCUGUCGUCCUUUUCAUGCACAUCUCUCCAUCGUCCAUUCCUCUUCAAAUAAGAGCCCAAAAACUAUUAUUUCAAAGGGAUAUUACAGCAUAAAUUUAAGUUAUAGUCAAACACACCGUAACACCGAGUUAGACACUCCCCUCAAGAGAUAACUUCUCUAGUUAUACCAACUUCAACAAUGACCGCAUGAUACCAAUUCACAGCGGUCUAUGUCUCCACUCACCAACUUUCCUCCAGCAGCCACUUGUUUGUGGGGGAGCCCUGAUGAGUCGAUCACAGAUUGCAGUGGAGUUUCACAGCUCAAGGAAGAACAUGUUUGAUGGCUAGUACUGCAGCUGUGACCCUAUAUGUCCUGUUGAUGAAGUUAGGUGCUGUUCUGAGCAUUAUUUGUGGCUAUAGAGUGGCGUUUUGGUUGAGGUUUGUUUACGGCUCCUCAGACCGCUGUGUAUUGCUAUCCUGCGGUCGUUACUAAAGUUGGUAUAACUAGAGAAGCAUCAAUCGGCAAAAUUCAUCUCUUGAAGGGUGUCUAACUCAGUGUUACGGUGUGUUUGACCCUAACUUAAAUUUACGCCGGAAUAUUCCGUGAAUAUUUUAGUUUUUGGAUGGAAUAGAUCACUUUAUUGUAGAGAUCCUCUCACGAGCGUUUCUCUUUUCACCCCUCAGAGAGCUUCUGGACUAAUCCUCAGUACCGGGUCAAGAUUGAUAAGUUGUCCAGUGAUUGUGCGACGGUGCAGGGUGAGAAAAACAUGCUGGUGUCUCUCAUGCAAAAGCCCGACAAGAGGAACAGACGUCUUGUUGAAAAUCUCCACAUUGGAUUCUCUAUUUUUGAGGUAAAAAAGUGAAAAUUAAAGUUGUUUUCAUACUAUUCUCAUCAGGUUCUUGAAGAAAGAAAUAUAACAGAUUUUUUCUCCUUUUGUUUUUAUGUGAUCCACCUCUCCCUUCAUUUCUUCAAAGGUGACCAAAGAGGUAAGUAUCAUCUCCACUUUUCAUUGUUGUGCACAGGAAAUGAGCAGCUACAGAGUUACCUAUCAGACGCAUGGAUGUGCGUUUUCUAUUUUUACUCUUUAACAGAAUGAAGAACACGGGGGAAAGUUUCCAGCCUCGUUCUUCAAAAGAAACCAACCUGUCGCGGGGUCGAAAAAAUACAUGAACGCUCGUGAGGUGAUGGAAAUGGUGUCGCUGAAGCCUGGCGAAUACCUGAUCGUGCCGUCCACCUUCAGUCCCAACGAAACAGCAUCCUUCAUUGUUACGAUCAUCUCUAAAGCCGAGACGCACGUCCAGUAAGUUAUUCAUUAUUGAUCUAUGCAUCAGUUUUAUUUUAUAGCUAGUUAGAUGCAGAAGAUCCCUGACAGCGCCUCUAAAUGGUAACAAAGUUAACCAAAAAAGUUCUCAAACAAAAAAAAAAGAAAAUCAAAAUUUCUCAUUUUCACCUGAUUAUGUGAAUUAACAACCUUGCUGAAAGAAAAAUCAAAUGUCAUCAGUAUGGGCUCUAUUUUCAUGCCCGCCGGUGGUGCGGUGGAGGGUGGCGGACCCUGCGCAGUGGUAUUUUCGUCGGGCGGACCCCGGUGCACAGCCAGUUUAGUAUUUUCAUAGCCUGAGGCGCAGCAAAGAUCCACCAAGCUGGGUGUGGUGGUGCAGUAGGGGGAGGUGUCGACAGAAUCAGCUGGCACAGUGACAUUUUUGUGCUCGCCGGCGGCGUGGAAAGUGGCGGCGUAUCGGCAUACCUCACUGAUCCCUCAUCGGCAGGUUUCCACUGUGUCAGGCACAUUUCAGUGCAAUAAAUAAUCAACAACAACUAAUACUCUGGCGUGCCGAAUCUGACUUACGCCGCGCCUACGCCAUGCUGCCGGCGAGGAACGAAAAUAGAGCCCUAUGAGUUUAAAAAGUCGCAAAUAUGAGAAAAAAGUUAUACUAUGAUAAAAAGUGGAAAAUUGUGGAAUAUGCAGCAAGAACAAUCAAGCCUAAUAAGAAUGAGCAAAAAAUGAGUUGUAAAAAUAAGAGAGCUACAAGCGUGAGAAAGUAGGUCAUCAUUGAUAAACAAAGCCAUUACCGUGGAAUAAAAAAUUCAAGUACGGGAUGUUAGCUGUAGAUAUUUGAUGAAAAUUUAACAUAGCAGUCAAAAUUAUGAGAAAAGAAGUCUUAGCUAAGUUGAUCUGAAAGGAAAAAUAAAUUAAUAUAAUGUUAUGAUUUGAAGAGUUGACUGAAUAAAAUGAUUCACCAGCUUAAACUGUGUGUAUCUGAAUGGCAGUAUAUCAUGAGUUUACUGACUUAAUCUGCAUUGAUAACUCACUCCACUUGUGUUUCUAUACAAAGACUCAAAUUUACAGAAAAGAAGUUUUCAGUCAAUUUUCAUCAAACGGGUUGAGAUUUAACCAGACGAUCAGACUCCCUCACUCACUUUCCACUCGGAGAGUUACUGUCUUAUAAUUUCAAAAACCUCAUACUUCAGACUUUUGUAGACAACUUUGACAGUCUAAUCUUAUCUAAACUACCUCUUCAUUAUCCUGAAUUAUUAUUCUCAUUAUCAUUUCACUAGCACCACAGUUUGCUGAUCACCUGAUGUAAUAAUUUGUUUUUCUUCCUGUUAGUGAAAAUUCAGGAGGCCACAACCACGGACAAAUGGAAAGAAUUAAUGUAGAAGAGGUAAGACUUAACAGCGUUUUAUUGUUGCUCAUAUUACGAACAUUACCUGUCUUUUAUUAUCAUUACUAUACAGAAGAUGAGAACGGUCAUGGAUUCUAAAUUUUUUAAUGCACUGUUAUCUCGUGAUAACGACUUAUCUCAAAAUCUCGACUUAAUGACUGUUACACUUUCAACGUGGGAACAUUUUAUUGCCAUUACUGUUGUUAUUUGAUUCGCGCAUGAACAUAACGUGCAUGCGCGUUACAGCGUGCCACAAUCGAGCGCUUUUAAUCGAAAACCUCGACUUGUAUGGUAGAUUUUAUUGAUGCAAAGGUGCAAAAAUGAACUCCUCAAAGACAGAGUCAAGUUGGCAGCCUUCUCGCGAGAUUUUAUUGUAGUUGCAGCAUCAACCACGACCAUCAUCUCAUGACAAAUCAGACGGACCCCCACGCCAAAUAAUCCCAAACAAUUUACAGUCCAACAACAUCAGUAGUUGUUAUCUUCCCGUAAGUGUACUUCACAUUGGUGUCUGAUAGCCAACAAUGUGACUUUUUCUGUAAACAUGUUUUGCUCGCUGACGUUUGACAAGUUCAGGUCAUGGCUUCAUACAUCAUUGACAGUUUCAGUGCGUCAGCUAAUCUGUGUCAAUCCUUCGCAGAACGCUCCGGCCAAAAAUGGAGAAGACACGGAAAAGAAGAGAACCUUGUUCCGCCAGUUUUCUGACAAGGUGAGCUCUCUGUUUACUCUUGCUUCCUGUCUUUCUGCAAACAGUCAGAUUGGUGUAGGUUUACCAAAAUAAGAGUGGUAUCAGUCCUGUUAUCUAACUCGAAUAAGUCUUUCCUCGCUCAUAUUUCCUGGACAGUAUGAAGAGGUCGAUGCUGAGCAGCUCCAAGUGCUUCUGAAUCAAAAGAUCCUGACAGGUUUGGACUGUAAACACCUGCAGUUUAUAGCUCUAUGGUUUCACAACAUCCUCGAGCCUCUGUGUUUUCAGAUUAAGUACAAACAGAGCGUCACUUUCCUUUUUUCUGUUUUAUUUAGGAGACUUGAAGAAUGGAGGCUUUAGCAGCGAGUCCUGCCGCAGCAUGGUCGCUCUGUUCGAUGUAUCCUUUGACUCCAUAUCGAAGAGUCUGACUCUCCUCUCCGACUCUAGAGGAAUCUUUCUAGGUCCAGUAUUUCAUGGUGUGUCAUGUGAUGCUUUAUAACCUUAAUGACGGGUUAAAAAGACGUCAAUCACUGGAAGACUGAAUGGUGAGGAGUUUGUCCGUUUGUGGAACAAGAUCAUCCUGUACAAGGUAGAGAAGACGAACAAACGAGUAAAGGUUUAAAGAUUUGAGUUGGCCUGUUGAGUAAGAGUGCAUCAUGAUAUGAGGCUUUAAUCGUGUUUUAUCUGUAUUUCUUUUGAACCAGGAUGUUUUCUUUCGGAUGGAUGUCUCACAAACAGGAACACUCUCCCUCAGCGAGCUUCGUAAUGCACUCAUGGCUUCAGGUAGGUGAACAAUCCUUUAUUUUUGUCGAUUAUCAACAGAACUACAUAUUCACAGUCACCAUAGUCAGGCUACUCCUCUAUUUUUCUCCUCUGAUGACAUCUUUGACAUCAGAAAUGUCCCUGGUCCGAGGGAUCAUGAGUUGAAUACAUUGUGUGUUGAGGUCAUGGACAUUGGCUUUGACUCUCAUUCCUGGGUGUCUGACUUUCUAACUGAGCAGAGAGAAGGCCUUUAAACUCACAGAAAAUAACAGAGUACAGACUCACUGAAGCUUUAGGCCACAUUCCUGGUUUUGUAAAAAUUCUUGCCAUAGUUAGGGGCAGGUGUUUUCUCACCACUUCCAACGAUUAGUCUACAAUGUCAAUCAUUCAGAGGUGAACGGAUUUUAUGAACUUUUCUGACACUCCAAGCCUCGAGUGAUGCCGCUGCCAGAGCCUCAGGAGGAGGAGGUCAGACGAGAAAAUUAUACAAUGGAGGUGAAGAUAUUUGCACCAAAGUCAUUACAGUCUUUAGUUCUUGACAAACAACUCCACAGAGUCUAGCGAGCCAUCCAGCCAGAAACCAGAUACCACUCAUCUUUCUUGAUAUCAAAAACUUCGCUGAUGUCUCGACAGACGAAUCACUUCUCGUCUUGUCUUUUUUCCAACAGGAAAGAGAAUCAGCGAUGAUAUGCUGAACUUGAUGGCUCUGCGUUACGGCUCCUCCUCUGGACAGAUGUCACUGGAGAAUUUCAUCAGUCUGAUCCUUCGAUUUGACUGCAUGUACCGUAAGUGAAGUUUGUUUAUAUUACUGCCGUUAGAAGUACAGAUGAGGAUUAGGAACAACAGUGAAUAAAAAUAUAUAUGUUAUUACAUGUUAUGGUACCAGACAGGGAUGUCAUCUUUGUUUUCUGUGAAAGAAAAAAGAUACAAAAUAAAACGAGAUUUUAAGAGAAUAAAGGGAAAGUUUUGUGAGAGUAUGUCGUAACUGUUUGAGAAUAAAGCAGUAAUAUUUACAGUCUUGACAUUUAAAAGUAAAUUUGUAACAUUAUAAAAAUAUAAUUUACAAGAAAAAACUGCUUUUGUUUCGUCAAUGCGGCCCUACUGUAAGAUGUCACUCUUGUUGUGGCGUGUCUACGGGGACCGGGUUAGGUCAGUUUGUAGCCAAAUAUAGCUAACUAGGGUGCAUCUAGUUUGUGUAGACCAAUGAUAAAGCCGAUAUUAUAGAGUCAUUUAUUAACUGAACAUACCUGAGAUCCUGCGCUUGAAGCAUUCAGCCAUGAACCACCGCUGCUCUUUGUGAGACUGUACAGUUUCAGAAAACUUCUAUAAUUUUAUUUACAUUUUGUAAAUGCAGACAAAUAUUGUAAAAGCAAAAAAGUUUUUUAAAUGCAAAGAAAAGUUUUGUAAAGGCAAAAAAAAUACCUCAUUUUCUGUAUAUUUUACAUUUAUGAUUAAAUUUGUUUGUUUCUGUUUACAACACCUCACUUAAGUUAUAAGCUGUGCUCUUUAGCAGACUAGCAUCACGUAAAUUUAAGUUAGCUGACACAGCAAACAUAUCAUCAGAGUUUACAGGCUACUGCCUUCAAAAUCACCCGUGAACUGGGGUAAUAAAAUGUUUUUAUUGUAUAAAAACUUCGUAGAACUAAGUUUUAACAUUUUCUGUAAGAUUACAAACUUCAAUUUUCUCAACAGUGUUUAACUUUGACAUUUCUGAGCUGAUUAAAUAAAGACGCCCUCUUGUGUUUUUGCCAUGAUAACACGUUGUGUCCCUCUUCGUAGAAAUCUUCGGCCAGUUGUCAGACAGGAUGGUUCUGACUCUUCGUGAAAAAGAGGUAAAGACAUUUUUUCUUACUUUGUAUUAAUUUUCUAGAAUUUUGUAAAAAUCUACAGUUUAAUUUUUACUCUCUGCACACCUGUAGAUGUGAAUCAUCUCUCAUUUGCUUUGAUUAAAGGAUCUUUAUCAUCUCCUUCUCUCUACUUUCAGUGGCUGUACCUGUCCAUGUACACCUAAUCUGUCGGAGAGGAUGAACAAACAUAUAUUCUUCUACACUGAAGCUGUAACGCUGCUUGACACAUUCAAACAUUUAGUGGGGUUCAGGGUUUAUUUUAAGGGUGUAGUGAAACCUCUCUGUCUGUAGUCCUCGCAGAGAGAGUUGUUCCAAUGAGACGAAUAUUUAGGGUGCAGCGGUCGGUGUAAAUUUGUAAAAUCUUGUAAACACAACACAGUCCAGUAUCAUCAUCCGAUCACUAAAGCCACUAAAGCUCUGGACACGACUGAGGACUGUCCGCUCAGGUGAUUCACUCUGUAUUAACUAUUUUUGUGCACAAGUGAUAAACGAGUAAGAUUCAAAGACGAUGUUUCGGACUGAAAACUUACAGAAACCUCCUGUAGAGUUUUGAGUUUCAGAGAUUAUCUCACUCUGUUCAUUUUUGUAAAGCAGCAUUAGGAAAAGAAGAGUUUGUCCUCGUGUCCCCAGUGAGGCACUGACAGAGCAAGACUGCCACCUGUUGGUGAAAACAAGUCUUUGCUGGAGAUGCGGGUAAAUGAAAGGUGCUAAUACUCCAAACUUUUGCUCUGAUUACUAAAACUUCAUCAGGUGUAGGGGUGCUCUUAUGUUUCAUUAUUUUAUGUGAGUUACAGGAUUUAUGUUCGGAGUUUAUCACUUUAGGAUAAAACUAAAUAUUUUAAUAAUUAUUGGAUGGGUCUUUAUGAAUAUGGGAUUAUUUAGAUAUCUGUAUCAACAUUUAUAUAUCUCCACAUUAAUCUCUGUUUUAUAUCAUUGAUUAGUUAUUUCUUCUUGCUCGGCUCAGAAUAAACUUUUUUCUCAGGAUUUCUUUGUCACAGAAAAUCAAGUUUUGUUAUCUUGAGGUAAAUAAGAGAUAAAUAAAUCAGUCAAGAUCUCAAGUAAACAGCUGGUAUGAAGAUAACUCUUCGGCACGCUGUGAUUUUCUUCUUGAAAACUUUUAGGUCAGUUGCCUGUAAACUGUUUUGACCCUUCGGUGAACAAAAUGUGAUCACUUUGGUGAACUUGUGAUGUAACUGUCUUUACACAAACUUUUGACAGGGUUUAAAAACAGACAAGAGACUGAAUAGAUUGAACUUUGAAAUAUACGUAACUGUCCUUUUUUAUUGUGAAUCUGUCUUGGAAAAAUACAUUUCACAUGACUCCUUAUGCGUGUAUUUCAUUCAUACUCUGUGCUCUUUUAAUAAAAUUUGAUGUGUAAAGCAUUCGCAGGAUUUAAACAUUUUUAAUCAAAAUAUUCAAAUCUAAUCAUGUGAGAUCGCUGUUCUGUCUUUUGUUUAUGUUUCUGUUUUUAUAAUUUGUGUUAGUCAUUAUAUAUUUCAAAUGUGACCAAACAGAAGCAACUUGAAACUUAUUGUUUCUACUAACUUGCAAAUUGCACCAAUGGAGAGAUGAUGGAGAAGAGUUCAAACUAACGCAAAGUUUUUAAGGAGAGAAACACGACAACAGAGGAUCAGCUUUGUGUCCUCAAAAAUCUAAAAUUUCUCCAAUGGGAGGGAAAUUCGUCUUCGUUGCACUGUUGACAUGUGGGGUCGUCACAUGAAAAUGAACACGAGCAAAAGUUUUAGGGGUUUGCAAAAAAGUGAAGACCAAAGAGGAAUAAACAUAGACUGUAUAUACAACUUGGUUCUGCCUUCCCUCAUUUUGCGAAUUUUUGAGUACAAAUUGCUCUCUGUAUUUCGGGGAUUUUCUCCAUUUCCUGAAACCACCACUUGCGCAGUAGCGUGGUACGCAUUCAGCAGGAGAGUCGCUGAGAGCUAUGAUAGAUAGAUAGAUAGAUAGAUAGAUAGAUAGAUAGAUAGAUAGAUAGAGGGGAAAUUCCUUUUCACAGACACUGGCAUGGACACAUAGACUGAAGGACAACAAGGCACAUGAUAAGAGACAGAGCGGCACACGGGACAGUAGUAGAGAAGUAUGGGUUGAAUGAUGCUGGUGUAUGACAGUAGGAGAAGUUUUGGUUUGACAGACAGGGAACGGAGCUUGCGGAGGAUGUGGAGUCUUUGCUGGGAACGUUUAUGGAUAUCAGUGACAUGUUGUUCGAAAGUGAGUUAAUGUCAAUUGUGAGUCCAAGAUAUUUGAAGUGAUCAACACGUUCGACUGCUUUGUUGUGUAUGGUAGUGAGUCCCAGGUCCGAGGUGUGUGAUUGUGUGUGUAUGAGUAGUUGUUUUGUCUUGUCCACAUUCAGCUCCAGAAAGUUGUCAGAGCACCAGUUGGUGAAGUGGAUGACAGACUGGUGGUAAGAAGUUAUGGAGUUAUUGUCCUUGAGGAGAGCAAGAAUGGCAGUGUCAUCUGAAUAUUGACGUUGCUUGGCUCAAACAGCGUAUGAGCUACACAAUCUUCGUACAUCAUAGGCUGUAUCAGGUGUCAAUCAUAGAAAACAUGAACCUCCUAAUAACUUUUAAAAAUGAAGCUGAGCACAAAAAUGAGCACAAACCAGUCUGACAGUAACUACAUGUCAACAUCACAACCAGGGAGUAGAGAAAAAUUUAUAUUCUGUUAAAUUAACUUAUAAAGUUUGUCCUCAGCUCCAUAGGGAUUUCUGUAGGAGGCUGGAUUUAUGACCUAUACUGCAGCCCGCCACCAGAGGGUGCUGUUCUCCUGUUGGCUUCACCUAGCAAGGAGGCAGACGGCGCCCAUUUUAUAUAGAGUCUAUGGGAAUAACUCAUGAAAAUAGCAGCCUGUAAGGAUGUGACCUAGAUUCACAAAAUCAGCACCGAAGAUAAAAUAAAAUAAAAUAAAACGUAGAUUGUCAUGAUAUUUUUCAACAAUCACACUUGAAGAAUACAGUGCAGAUCUGCAGACAAGAAAGUAAAGGAAAAGAGAAACAGUAUGGUAAGUUUUCUGUUCUUUUCUAACCUCAAGUUACAAAGUAAUUAGGAUAAAUCAUAGCAAAUAAAAAAGGUAAAUUUAUUAGAAAUAAAGCUUUAACUUUCCAUUCUCAUUUCCAUGAUUGUUUGUAUUCUUAUUUAUUAUUUAAAGACAACAGUUAAGACCAACAUCAUGAGAGAUUAUCCAACCUUUAAAGUGUCUGAAACAAACUAGCAGAGGGAUUAACAUCGAAAUUCUCAUUGCCAAUGUGAAGAUCAGUGACCUGAGAUCAUGAGGGCACUGAGUUCAUUCUGACCUGAUUUCUGCAUUUUAAUUUUGAAGUGAAAGAUAACCGGAGUGUCCUGUUUUCGAAGGGUCCUGGUUCAGCAUUUCAUAAUUCAUUCCUCUGGCAUGCCAACACCAGUAGCCUGAGGGGUUUUGUAGGCGCUUAAAAAGACCUGGAGCUCCACCUCCAGAGACACAUUCACCUAGUGCCUGGUAAGGUAAGAUGUAGCUCUUUAUCUUUCACAUUGUGAUGCACCUUUUUUGUAAAUUAUGUUAUAAUUAAAACUGUCAGCCAAGUUUCUAAUGAUGUUUCUAAUGACCUGCUUAAUGAUGCUGGUCUAAACCACUAACAAUCUAAUAGCCUCCGCAUUAACAUUCAAAGAUACUGUCUGGAUCUAACCUUCGGUACAUACUGAAGCCCCAUGAGGGAUUUUUUUUAUGUUGUGCACACAAGAUAACUACUCUGUUGGAAACUCUUGUCUUUCACGGGUAGGUCGAGAAUCAAAGUCGGUCAUAAAGUCGUUUCAGAUCUUCAAAUUUAAGCUCUUUUCACGUCCCAGAUUUGAUAAAUACUUUCACUUCAUCAAAAUCUCACCUGCAGAAUGACUGUCACUGAGGUAUGAUGGUAGGAUAAACUUGCCCUACUUUUGUGCAUGAUUGUUUACCUUUAGCAUUUGACGCAACACAAAGGUGUGUUAAGAGUGCUGCUGCAAACUUGCGCCAUGCAAAGAGCUCGUAUUCGCAAAGCCCUGCACAAAUGUGUAUAAUGAAUCAGUUAUUUUAUGCAUGGAAGUACUGGCUGUAUGCAGCAGGGAAAGGAUGAAACUUAAGUUUGUUUGAACAUCUCACUGAGCUCUUCCGAAUGACAGUAUGAAACAUAAGCAUUCAAGCGGCCUCUCCCGCCGCAACCUUUUCAUUUCAUUUCACCCUUUUAAGCUCCUCCCAUCAAAUAAUGCAUUAAAUACUCACACACAUACAUUGUGCCAAGUUUAAGCUGGAAAGUCAAGUUCGUCAGCCAAGGCCAAAACAAACAAUGGGUUUUAUUCAUCGGCCUGUUUUGAGUUAGAGGAGAUAAAAUAGGUGAGUUGUUGAUGUGAAAACAACUUAAUUGCUCGAUGUUGAAACUUGUGAAGUACCACUUCACACACGUACCCCUGAGGUUUAAUAAUGAAUGCAUCACCUUAAAAAAACACCUGAGGGGUGCGUCUAGGAAGGCAGGACAUGACAUUAAAUGCAGAGACAGGGACUUGCUCAAUCUCCUGUCCUGUCCACUCAAAACAAUGAUAACAACAACAACAACAACAACAACAGGAUUAAUCAUAAUAAUGAUAAUAAUAAUAAUAACAAUAACAACAAUAAUCACAAUAAUAAUAAUAAUUGUAAUAAUAACAACAACAACUAUACUACUGCUAAUACUAUUACUACUACUAAUAAUAAUAACUAUUAUUAUUAUUAUUACUUCAACAAUUUUAAAUAAUAAUAACAAAUAAUAACAAUAAUAAUAAUAAUAACUAUUAUUAUCAUUAUUUUUAUAAUUAUUAUUACAACAAUUUUAAAUGAUAAAAAAAUUAUAGUAAUAACAACAACAACAAUAGUAGUAGUAAUAACAAUAAUAAUAAUAGUUAUUAUUGUUAUUAUUAUUAUUACAAAUUAAAUAAUAAUAAUAAUUGUAUAAAAAUAAUAAUAAUUAUAGUUAUUAUUAUUAUUAUUAUUAUUAUUAUUAUUAUCACAACAAAAAUUCAAAAUAAUCUAAGGAAUAAGAAUAAUAAAAAAUGUAAAUAAAUAAAUAAAUGCAUUUAUUAGAAAUGUCUUUUAAGCUUGUUUGUAGUUUUGUAAUAGCUGAGUGGAACUUGUUGGUAGCUAAUAAUAGUAGCUUAUUGUACAGCUUUCGAUUGAGUUAAUAAAGAGCCUGUAGAAAAAACUUGAGUGUCUGGUUAAUCAAGAAUGUGGCACCUUUUUUAAAUGUCAAUUAUUUGUUCGUUACAUGGUUUGUAAACAGAUUGAAUUAAACUUUUUCCUUUCACUAGAUGUUUUUUUUUUCUUUUCUGUGCAGAUCUUGAACAGCAUAAUGCCUCCACCUGGUGCAAAUAUUAUUGAUACGCGUCGCCAGAAAGCCGGCUAUGGAACUGUUGCCAACCCAGAAAAGUUCCUCGAUCAGGACUACGUGCAGCUGAAAAAAUUCUGUCGCACCAGGUGCCGCAGAUUCGUUGAUGACAUGUUCCCCCCAGAUAAGACAUCCCUCGGUGAAGAGAUUACGAGCGUGCGGACCGGACAAAUUAAGUGGAUGAGACCAUGGGUGAGUGUUGCAUAAAACAACCAAACUCAAUGUUAUAUCGUAUCACUCUCAAAGUUUAUGGUUUUGUGGUUUAUAUACAAAAAACCUUUUAAUAUCAGUCAAUAGCUAUUAGCUAUUGAUGGCAUUUGGGAAAAUCACCACGUCGCUUUGUUUUGUUAUGUCUGUGUAGUCAACAUUUUAACAUUUCAACAAACGAAGCCAUUCUCUGGUCCACAUCCUUGAAUAAUGUGCAUGAGCCUAAACAAAAGUUAGCGUGCUACAAUAACAGACUGUAGAAACGAACCAGAAAGUAUGGAAAAUUGUCUGAAUCCUCCUUUUGCCACGACUGCCGACACAAGCAAGAGAACCAAGUAAAUACCGGAGACUCUGGCAAAAACAACAAGCACCACUGUGAUCCAGAACACACAAAAAUAAAGGUGUUGUUGGAAUUUUCAAUGCUGAAAGAUAACCAAUGGGUGGCACAGUGGUGAAGAUGGGUGGUACAGUGGUGUAGUGGUUAGCACUGUCACCUCACAGCAAGAAGGUCCUGGGUUUGAAUCCAGGUCAGGGCAUUUCUUGUUUGAGGAACAUUAUGAACAGUGAACAUACCAGUUUAAACACAAAUAAAAGUUAAUAAAAGACACGUAACAGUAAAAGUUUUGGUGUGAAUCACAAUAUAAGGGGGGACAUGAGCUGCUUGGCGGAGGUCUGCGCUCUCCGGGUGCUUUUCUAGUUACAUUUUGAAGAUGAACUUCUCAAAAGGACUCAAGUUUAAUUGAAAAAGUGAGAGCCUAAACGCACGCACUGCUGAAUCUUCCAGUGUUGCUACAGUGUUAUUUUGAAUUUCCGACAUCCAUUAUCUUUGUAGUUGUUUGUGAGACAUGAUGUGGUCGGUUUUGGCUCUCAUCUCAAAGAUGAACACAGCUACAAAACAGAUGGGUGUAACAUCAAUAUUAUUGAAUUUCAUAUUGAAUUUGCAUUUGGGGAUCAAUAAAAUUCUUCUCAUCGUAUCUUUUGACCAAAAAUUGGAAUUUCAUCAAUUGCUGUUUGUCUGUUGUUCCCUUUUUUUUCAGGAAAUGACUUCUAAGCCAUUAUUUAAUGAGGUUGAGGGGGUCUCCAGGUCUAACUUUGUCCAAGGCCAACUUGGUAAGAAAUAUUCUUCAUAAUGCAGAAACUGGUUUUAAAAGAACAAUCUAUAUGAGGGUUAGCUGGUAUUACCCUGUAUUUUGUAAUACACAAUCUGGACAUGAUGGCGAUGUUUUACAUAUUUUUUUCAACUUUUAAUAGUGUAUCGUUCUUUAGUCUAAACAGUUCAAGUUUCUGAAAAAAAGGGUUGGUGCUACCUUUAUUUUUUCUCCAGGAGACAUCUGGCUCCUGGCACCGAUUGGAGCGAUGACAUUCAACCAAUAUUUCUUCGAGCAAGUCGUCUAUCCUGACCAGAGUUUUGUUGAGGAUUACUGCGGGCUCUUCCACUUCAGGGUAAAUCAACAAUUGUAAUUUAAAUGUAAAAAUUGUUCACGCAGCAUCUCAACAUGCUUUUGUUUCUCUCUUUACCUCAGUUCUGGAGAUUUGGAAAAUGGGUGGAAGUCGUCAUUGAUGACAUGCUCCCAACGGUUGAUGGCAAACUUAUCUUUGCAAGCUCCAAGAACCCAAAUGAGUUCUGGCCUGCUUUACUUGAGAAAGCCUAUGCCAAGUAUGAAACACAGUGUUUAAUUUACAUCAUCUGGAAAUGAGAUGUGCCUUUCACUUUUUGGUUUGAAUAUUUAUUGGUAAACUGAAAUUGCUCCUGACAGGGUCUGCAAUUCCUACAGUGGCUUGAAUGGUGGAUAUCCUGCUGAUGCUUUGGUGGACUUCACUGGUGGUGUUUACAUUCAGAUCCCAUUGGCAGAACCACCAUCUGAUCUGUGGGAACUGAUGAGCAGAGUGGGACAAUCCAAGUCAAUGAUGGUUUGCAGUUUACAGUUCGUAAGUUCCAGCUGAUAAUAAAACAGUAAAACACAAAACAUGCUCAGUGGUUCUGAGCUACUCCCCCUAAAGUCAGACUUAGUAUUAAAUGUCCUGAAGAUUGAAGAACUUUUUCCUGUAUUUUUCAGGUUCUUCUUUUGUCAGUUUCUACAUUUCAAGACCUUUUUUUUGUUUCUGGUAGUUUUGGUGCUGUGGGCAGGCACCAGGUCCUGCCAGCCCCUCCGUAAAGCUUCUCAGUAGAGAGUGCUCUAAAAUCUCCUGGUAGACUUUAGGCUGCGUUGACUCUGGGCUGGAUUAAACUCAACACAGUAGACCAGCAGCAGCAUAUAACAUGACAUCCCAAAUCAUCACAGACUGUGGAAACUACGAUCCGGACUCUUAGCAUUUGGUUUCUGUGGUUUGACUCUGGGACCUUGAUUUACAAAUAAGAUGAAAAAUUGACUUUCAUCUGAGCAGACCAAUAGACUGCUCUUUUUCUUCUUAGCCCAGGUGAGAUGCUUCUGGCAUCGUCUCUAGUUUAUUUUCCCUUUCCAGUCAACUUUCCAUGAAUCUGUUCUGAGAGCACACCUUGUCCUGAAACUAGACAUCGCCCUCAAAGACCUGAGACCAUCCAUCCAUUUAUCUUCAACCGCUUGUCUGGGGUCGGGUCGCGGGGACAGCAGCCUGAGCAGAGAAGCCCAGACUACCCUCUCCUCAGCCACCUCAACCAGCUCUUCCCGGGGAACCCCAAGGUGUUCCCAGGCCAGCUGAGAGACAUAGGGCUCUAUUUUUGUGCCUCGCCGGAGACGUGCCGCAGGCGCACCGCAAGUCAGGUCUGCCACCCUGACAAGGCGUUCCCAAGCACAAUUUGGUAUUUUGGUGAGCGGUGCAGCCCGGCGUAAGUAUCCCCCCUCCCUAACUCAGCUCCUCCCAGCGGCGUAAGUCGUAGCAAGGGAGGAGAGAGGGCGUGGAGUGGGUUUAACACAGCCGAGACCUGUUUUCACCAAUUACAUAAGCUCCUCUCCUUGCCUUUAAAUCCGCCACCGGCGAGGCGUAUUACUAUUUUCAUGAAGUAGUCAAAGAGAUUGAGAGAUGUCUGAAGAUAGUAAUGCCACACGAUGGCGACAGAGGGCAGCUCCUCAACAAGUGUCACUUUAAGCGCUGCAUUGGGCGUCCUCCACACUCUCUCAUAUGAGCACCGAUGGAUGUGGUGUGUGUAACGUUGGACCCACUGGUAAGACAAACACCCUUUUCCACAAAUAAAGACACUCAAAUAAAGUUGCAUAUAUUCAAACCUCACGUGACAAAGGUGGGUUGAGCGCACAGAUCACAACAUUAACUCCAAAAAUGGCAUAAAAAUCGGAACCAUCUGUGCGUAAAUGACGCAUCGCGCUCCGUGGCCUGGCUCUUUCUUUCAUAGAUGUUGGCUUAUAAAGUAAAUUUGACUCACAAAACUGAAUAUUAUAAUAUCCAUAUGUCGGCUUAAAGUAAACAACUCAUCUGAUCACUGAAACAAAUCAUCUGAUCAGCCGCUGCAGCGGGACGGAGAGAGGACAUGGAGACAUGUCCAGGUCCAGCUGCACCAGAAAUAAGAGGAAGAGGAAGAAAGAAAAGGAGGGAGACGAAUUACAUAUCUUAUUGACUUCAUCAUGUGUGUAUAUUUACUAGAUAUUUAAUUCAAUUUAAUGUGGUUUCAGCUGUGUUGAUUCGGUCAGGUUGUGUGUCCAAACGCGUGCCAAACGCGCUCAUCAGAUCAGAUAUAGAUCAGAAUAUAUCUAUAUAGAUCUAAAUAUAUGUGCUGACUCAGAUUAAUAGUUGUUGAUGAUUAUUUAUUGCACUGAAAUGUUCCUGACACUGUGGAAACCUGCCGGUGAGGCAUCAGAUACGCCCCCGGUCUACCAAAAUACCACUAGACCAGCUGCGCUCCGCCAUGCGCUGAAAGCUGACCAGGUUUGAAUCGGCGAGCUUUCAGCGCACUUUACUGGUGGCGAGCACGAAAAUGUCACUGCGCCCGCUGAUUCUGUCGACACCUCCCCCCUGCCACGCCACCAUGCCCAGCUUGGCGGAUCUUGGUUCGCCUCUGUCCAUGAAAAUACCAAACUGGCUGUACCCCGAGCUCCGCCAGACGAAAAUACAACUGCGCGGGGCUCGCCGCCCUCCGUCGCCUCACCGGCAUGCACGAAAAUAGAGCCCAUAGUCUCUCCAGUGUGUCCUAGGUCUACCCUGCGGUCUCCUACCAGUGGGACGUGCCCUCAACACCUCACCAGGUGUCCAGGAGGCAUCCUGAUUAGAUGCCCAAGCCACCUCAUCUGACUCCUAAACCCUAACCCUAUCUUUAAGGGAGAGCCCAGCCACCCUGCGGAGGAAACUCAUUUCGGCCACUUAUACUCACGGUCUUGUUCUUUCAGUCACAAUCCACAGCUCUUGACCAUAGGUGGGGGUAGUAAAAUAGAUCGACUGUAUGUCGAGAGCAUUGCCUUUCAGCUCAGAUCUCUCUUUACCAUGGCGGAUCUGAGCAGCAUCUACAUCACUGCUGAGACUUUGAUUUUGUCCUUCACAGACCAGGACUUGUAAAAAAGUUGCUUUUGCCCAUUUCUGACAGUAGAGCCAAAGUCUAACCCAUCACAUUGGGGGUUAGGGUGUCAAGCUCACACCCAUACAAACAAAAGUUUUUUUUCUGUUAACUCUAUUUAUUAUUUAGUGGGAAACAAGUACUUUUCUGAAUAGUGACUGUAUCUUUGUGUCGUAGGGUGGAUCUAAUGACCCAAUUCUACCAAAUGGAUUGGUGCAAAGUCACGCCUACACAGUCAUUGCUGUGUUUCAGGUGAAUUUUCUAUUUGUUUUCAAAGUUUUACAUCAAACACUUAACAACAAUGUAGUUGGUAUUAAUGGUUAUGUUCACUGAUAACUGUUGGUCAGGUGACCAGCAAGGGGAAACCUGUAAACCUGGUGCGCUUAUGGAACCCGUGGGGUCAAGGAGAGUGGAAAGAAGACUGGAGUGAUCGGUGAGGAACCAAAACAAGCUUUGACCAAAAAUAACAUACAAAUUAUCAUACAUAUAAACGAGUGACACAGCUGUGAGUUUGUUCAUUGUCCUGAAGGAAGAAUCACUCCCCUGCCCUGAAAAACUCACCUCUCUGUGUGUUGCCGUCGGCAGAAACACCACAGCAGCGAGCAGCACGCCCGCUGAACGAGUGCGAGUCGUCAUUCUUUUAUAUUGCGGAAAGUGGAGAAAUUAAAAAUAAAUAACCAUGGCAGCUGUCGCAGGGAUUCUGAUACUUUUAAAGAUAUCAAAUAGCAUAUUGCUUUAAAUCGGCUGAAAUUAAAUCCUUCUUGCAGGAAAGUUUGUUCAUGUGUAUUAAUGUAGAGGCGCCAUAAUGACCUGUUUAAUCUUAGCCUCAGUGAACGAACCGCUGCUCUACUCUACACCCCUCUCUCCUCGGCCUGCCUCGAGUCAUUCGGAAGUCGUUCGUUUCGUUCACAGUCUGACUGAUACAUAUCAUUCAUUCACUGUGAGCAAAUCCCGAGACUCCGCCCAGUGGCAGUUCCACUUCCGACCAGCAGGUCAGGCUCGUGACUAAGCUCAACUGAACUGAGAAAGGAAUGAAUCAGGUCUUGGAGUGAUUCCAUUCAUGUUAUUCACUCAGCAGCUCCGUUCUUUUGAGUGAUACGUUUAUGAACGACACAACACUAGAAUUGACCAAUACCGAUAUUGAGCCGAUAUUGGCACAAAAUUGUGCAUGGCAAUUUUUGCACUCAGCUGCAUUUUCUUUUUCGGACUUCAACAAAAAAUACUUCCACACAGCCGACAUCACUCCUACUCCUUGCUACCUUGUUAGUAUGUUAGUACACACAGUUGUUGUGAUCACGAGGGCUCUGCAUGCUGGAUCUGGGCGCUGCUAGCUUGAAGUGCCGGAGUGGAGUCUGGAAUGGACUACUUGUAUUGGAAUGCUGAUAUCAGAGAUUUUAGAUGCAGGCCGAUAUAAUCCAAUAUUCACUCUUUGCUGAUAUCGGACCGGUAUCUGAUAUCAAUAUGGGGUCGGGACAUCCCUAAUAACUAGUAUUUUGUUAUGAAUGAUGCAUGAACUUGGGUCAAGUGGGUUCUUGGGGGUGGAUCAGAAAAGCUAGGUUCUCCUCCCUCAGAGAACCCCGGAGCCAACAAAAACCCUGAAACAUUUUUGGGUUUUUUUGCCUUGUCAAUAACUUCUAUCCAUCCAAACCAACUCUUGGAUAUGUGGCAACAGACUGAUUAGAGGUCCUUUAGUAUCAAGACUGAAAUGUGUCUUUUGGUGAAUACAUUUGCCUUUUAUGUUCAGUAAAAAAUCAGGCAUUGCUGGUAUUGCGCUAUACUACUGUAUAGUGUUCAAGUGUUCAGCAUUGGGGUGCUGCUGGCCUGGGGGCCUAAGGUAUGGAGGUUAUCCCUCAAGAAGCCCUCAUAAGUUUGUCUCCAGUUUAUGAUUCCUUUUCUCCAGUGUCCUGUCUUCUCUUCAAAACUAGCUUUAAUACAACUUUUCAGUUUUAGAGUUAAAUGUCAUCUUUGCAUUAUUUUUAAUUGAAUAAGGAUUUUUAAUGAUUUGCAAAGCACCCAAACCCUUUUUUAAUUCACUUUUUCACCUUGUCCCAACAGUGUGUAUCUGACAAUACAGGAAAAGGAAUAUAUUAAUCAUAAUAAAACCACCUUUUCUCUUUCCUCUGGUUCCUUGCCUUAAAGGUCACCUUUGUGGGACACCGUCAGUCCUGAGGAUCGUGUCAAAUGUCUGUCUGUGGCUGAUAAUGGGGAGUUUUGGUAAGCACACAUAAACAAUAACUUUAAAAAUAUGAGGCAUGUUGCAAAUGUUAUGUACCAAAUUCAUUCUAAAAGAUGGCUGCAAGCCUUCAAAGAGCCUAGAUUAUGUGCUAAAGUACUUUUUAAAAACAAUAUAAUACAGAAUCUACAUGAAUAGUUUUUGUGUUGAAAUAUAAAUACCAGGGGCCUGUUCUACGCAGCAAGUUCAACCUAGCGAGGUAGCUCGAAGGCUACCUCGCGCAACUUAGCGCUCGGUGAGUUCAAUCUGGAACCUACGUUGCCAUGGAGACUUGCCUCGCUAAGAAGUGAACCCGCAUCGUAGAACAGGAAACCUUGAAGUUACCUCACUAAGCUGUAAUCCUGCUUCGUAGAACAGGCCCCUGGGUUACUUCAGUGACACCUGUUGAAUGUAUUGCUUGAUUUUAUAUAAAACAAAAUUACAUUGUUAAAAGUUUAUAACCUAUCCCUGAUCUAAACAGCAUGAGCUUUGAGGACUUCCAUAAGAAUUUCACAUAUCUUGACAUCUGCUCUGAGUGUCCUCGAUUCCUGGAUAGAAGCUCCGAAUGCCGUUGGACGGCAUCUUCGUAUGAAGGACGCUGGGUUGCAGGAAGCACAUGUGGGGGAGCCACUCCCCGAUUUGGUACUUCAAAAAGUUUAAAACUUACACAAGAAUUUUUGGUAACAAGAUUUAGUUCGUUUGAUCUCACUGUGACCGCGCUCAUGCUGAUGAACUCCCCCCUCCUCUGCAAAUGGAACUUUUGUUAAAUGUGGGAUUACCGUUUAAUCUUCACUGUCUCUUUCUGAUUAAGAUUUACAGCCAGGGUGGCUCCAGCGCGCUUCCACAAAACAAACAAACAACCAAAAAAAAAAAAAAAAAACAAUACAAAAACGGUGUCUGUCUGUCUCUCCCUUUGAGGACAGACCUGACAAAGAUUGCAUACUUUUAUGAGCUCUUACAAACCUGCAGUGUGGGGGUGUUUUUCAUCAUGCUUUACCUCCAAAAAGUCAGUAAAUCAUAAAAAAAUAUGUUUAUGCCAUUAAACAGGUUGAAAAGACAAUAACUGGUUGCCCCCCUUUUCACCUCUCAGAUACUUACUGGACCAAUCCACAGUACCGGGUCAAGAUUAAGAAGUUUUCCAGCAAACCUUCUGCGUCUGAGGGUGACAAAAAUGUGCUGGUGGCUCUCAUGCAAAAGCCUGACGAGAAAUACAGAUGUUUGGUCAAGAACCUCCCUAUCGGGUUCUUCAUUUUUAAGGUAAAACAUCUUUGGAUAUUUUUCUACAAUUCCACAAUUUUGUUCACAUUAUCUGCAUGUUUUCAUAUCGACAUAUAUAAUCCAAACAGAUUUUUCUCUCCGUCUUCACAGGUGACCAAAGAGGUAAGUUACAUUUAAACACAAUCCUGUUGACUGUAUGACAAACUACAUUGUGCAACUAGAUAUACAGAGAGUGGUAUCAUCUGCAUAGACGUAUUCUCUUUAUGUUUUUAUAGUACGAAACACAGAGAGGGAAAUUACCAGCCGCUUUCUUCCGUGAAAAUAGACCUGUUGCUGGACCAGAACACAUAAUAAACCUCCGUGAGGUGACGAUGUUGGUGGCCCUGCAGCCAGGUGAAUACGUGAUCGUGCCGUCGACCUACCUUCCCAAUGAGACAGCGUCCUUCAUGCUGAAAAUCGUCUCCAAGGCUGAGAUCCAGAUCUUGUAAGAUCCUCACAAAUUUCCAUUGAAGUGAAAAUUUCAGGAGUACUUCAUUGAAGACAUGACAAGACAUUGUGAAAUUAAAACAUAUUAACACACCAAAAGUGCAAAAGUCAGUUAGUCAAAGGAAACAAAGUUCCCGUUCAUCGUUCAAAUGAGGCCAUAAACCAGGGGUGGGCAAUCAUGUGCCAUGGAGGGCCGAGAGGCUGCAGGUUUUCUUUCCAACCCAAAACUCCACCAGGUGAUUUCACUGAUCAGUCCCUGCUCUCUGCUUGGAGGUAAUCAGUGAAAUCACCUGGUGGAGUUUUGGGUUGGAAAGAAAACCUGCAGCCUCUCGGCCCUCCAUGGCACAUGAUUGCCCACCCCUGCCAUAAACUGUCUUAAACUGACUGAAACUUGACUGACUUGCUAAAGGUAUUCAGUUUGAAGUUUGUACAUUGAAGGCUCAUUGCCGCAACAGACGAUAGACAUAAUCUAAAUUCUUAAGGUCCUUACACACCAGGCGCGAAUUCGCCGGACAAAUUAGUAGGCGAAUAUCUGGACCUGCUAGACCUCUGGCCAAUCAAAAGUCAUGUUGCUGAUGACGUCACAGACCCAUGCGGCUGCAGUUCACACGACACACACCACCACUGGCACCAAGAGCAACGAUGGGAGAGAGUGUGUACCACAGAGUGGUCGCCCGGUGUGUAUAAGCGAAAGCGAUUUUUCGGACUGGCAAAUAUUUUCCCAUUUUCGUCUUGCUUUUUCGCUUCGCUCUGCGAAUUCGCCAGUGUGUAAGGACCUUUAGGCUGUAUAAUUGCUUUGUUGCGCUUGCGGACCGUUAGCCAACCCUAGAAGAUCGAACGCCGCUUUUCUCACCUUUAGAGUAGCGAGAUUCGCCGCCCAAGCCUUCAUUUUAAUUCAUCCAAUGAAUCCAGCAGAAUCCGAUCACAGUCAUUCUCAGCCCAGAAACAUGCUAACGGUGUUUCUGCGAAGCUUCUUGGAUGUUGAUCCAACAUUAAAACCCUUUUACAACUCAUGCUUAGAUUAAACAUUUUGCUCACUUUUAACAGUGAGAUGUAUGAGUAUAUAAAUUCGUAACACAAUACGUUUUAUCCAUAAUCUUUUAACAUGAGUAUCCUCUAUUUUAAAUUAUUUUUUACCUUUUUCGACUUUAGUCAGCGCUGAACUUCAACUUGAUCCUGAAGGCGUAAUAAAUCAUGCUGAUGUGGUUUUUCUUUCCUCGCAGUGAGGAUGACGGCGGGUUCUACGAACAUGUGGGAGAUGGCGAGGUGAUUCAUUUAUUCAUUAUUCUAUUCAUUUAUAUGUUUAUUUACUUAUCUAUCUAUUUAUGUAUUUGUUUAUUUAGUCAGUUAAUAAAGGUACAGUGUAUUUUGUUUGACACGGGUAUGAAAAUGUAAAUGUGCCAGGUUGCAUGUUGUUGAUACAGAUGUAAAUGUACAUCAAGUUUGCACACAAAAAUCAGACAACUUUCGUCACCUCAUCUAACAAAAACCCAAUUACAAUAAUAUGGAAGGUGGCUGCACAACUUUACCCAAGAUAAACCAGGAAUUAAGUCGGUCAGGGGUAUUGCACAUGAAUGCAAAGGCGCUCUGCAACCACACCAGCGUAAGUGUUAGUGCAGCUGCACAAAGCUCCACUGCACACAAUUUGCAGGACCAGAAAUGUUGAUGUGUUUACUUUUGCACAGGGUUUGAACACAAUGAUGUGCUUUUGUACAUUUUACGGCAUAAUAGUGUCAUGCAUACUGCAGACAGGUGUGUGUAUGCACAUUAGACGUGGACUUAAAUCUGAUUUGUUUUCGAUCUUAAGAAGCCUGCCUCAGACAAAAAAGGAGCUGGGAAGGAGGACAAGGGAAACCUGGACCGUCAACUCUCUCAAAAGGUGAUUUAAAUUAACCUCAUGUAAAAUAAGACACAUGAUACCAGGUCCGCAAAAUGAUUUGUCAUGUUUUGGUUUGUUUUAUUUUAAGGGUAAAUGAGCAGAUUUGAACAUCUUUGAAAUCCAUUUGCAUAACUUCAAUACAAGGAUAAAUAUGAUUAUCAUUACCAACAUGGCAGCCAGAUAAGUCUUUACUUAUUCUCUUUUUUCAACAGUAUGAGGACGUCGAUGCUGAGCAGCUCCAAAUGAUCCUGAACGACAAAAUCCUGAAAGGUUUGAACUGUAAAUACCUGCAGCUUUUAUGAACCAUAUGGGCCUAAAAUAUAUCCAGUACAUCUAAACGUGUGUCUGUUUCUGUUAUUUAGGAGACACCAAAGACGGGGGUUUCAAACUUGAAGCUUGCCGCAGCAUGGUCGCUCUGCAUGAUGUAUCCUUCGAUUAAAUCAUGAAUUUGUGCAAAAAUAUAAGCACCUCUUUUCUUUCCCUCGACUCUUAUUUGCCAGAAGAGGAAUCUCUGUCAGUAAAUGCAGAGAAAUGAAGCAUGAAACUUAUUUUAGUUGUGUUUAAAUUCCUUAAUGUUGGGUCGAAUAGGUGUCAAUAACCGGGAAACUAAGCCAUGAGGAGUUUCUCUCUUUUUGGGGCAAGAUCGUCAGCUACAAUGUGAGAAAAUAAAAUGAACGGGAGACCUCUAAAAGUGACGGAUUUUAUUUGGUGCUGUUUUUUUAUGGCAAAGUUUGACAUAACUUUACUUCUGUUUUCUUUUAAACCAGGACGUCUUCACACAAAAAAGUGUCUCACAGACAAGAAAACUCUCGCUCAGUGAGCUCAAGGCUGCGCUCGCGGCCCUAGGUAGAUGAACAAUCAGCAACAACAUACAAACCAAAAAUAGUUGGGGUGUUGGGGGACCACAUACUGAAUCAAAAAGGUGCCAUCGUGCUAAAAGUGCUAAAUGCUAAAGUGCGCAGUGCUCGCUGACAGAAAUAAUCGUCUCAUAAAUCCUGUUGCAGGAAUACGGAUGCGUGGAAACCUGCUGGACUUGAUGGCUCUGCGUUACGGUUUCUCCUCCGGACAGGUGACUCUGCAGAACUUCAUCGAGAUGGUCCUUCGACUGGAACGCAUGGACUGUGAGUGAAUUCACACGACUGACCGCUGUAACUCUCUUACACCUUCAUUUCUUCAGAUUUGAUUUCCGACAGGGCUCAAACAACCCUCUCUGUCGAAUGUUGAUUUGUUUUUUUCUUUUUUUUUCCUAACAGGGUACUUCAACCAGUUGUCAAAGGGGACGACUUUGACUCUUCAUGAAGAGGAUGUAAUAAAGCUUCUUAGUUUGUGAUCAUUUUAACUGUUUUAUUGAUCUCAAUGCCGCAAAUAUAUUAAUUUUUUUUUAACCUUUUCAGUGGCUGUCCGUCUCCAUGUACACCUGAGCUGACAGAAGACGAUCAGCAGAUGAUGUGGAAGCAAAACCAGAUGAUCUACAAAUGAGGUCUUCCUCUGAAUGAAUCAACAGGAUUUUUAUUUGAGCUUAAUAUUAAGGAGUGCAGUUAAAAAAUGUCCGUCUCUUGUUUUCUGUCUUGUAUUUCCUUCCUCUUGUGAUGCAUAGUUGAACAAAGAGU